AUGCCUCCAAGCGAAUACGCCACGGGCGGAGGCGGCAAACUCAAACUCAAAGGCUCCAAGGUCAGCGACGGCCGAGUAGACAAGAAAAAGAGGAAGUCCAAGAAGAAGAAGGAAGAGGAGGAGAAUGCGACCAAGGGGGAUGUGGCCGGCGACGGGGGCAAGGACGACCUGAGCAAGGACGACCUGAGCAAGGAUAACGAAGACAACAACGAAGGUCCGGGUCGGCAGAGCCAGGGGAGAUCUUCUGACGAGGAGGUGAACACCACAACAGCCCCAGCAGCAGAGGAAGACGGGGGCGCGGUAGUGGGUAAGACGGAAGCGGAAAGGAAGUAUGAGGAUGCGAAGAAGAAGCGGCUCCAGGAACGGCUCAAACGCGAAGGAGUCAAAACACACAAAGAGCGAGUGGAAGAGCUCAACAAGUACCUGAGUCGACUGAGUGAACAUCACGACAUCCAGCAUCAUAUGAUACACGGCUACGUUCCGCCGGCUCACUGGCCACGACGAGCUUUUGCUGGCCAGCGGGAGACUCCUGCUCACCCGGAUCGGAGUGAGCUCGUCUCAUACACCCUUAAUGACCUGGGUGCGUUCAUUGUUGAGCUUGUCGGCGUUCCGGGCGUGGGAUUCCUUCUUGCAGUCUUCCAGGCCGGUGCAGGAGUGGGCCUCGAGCAUACGAUGCUUGGAGCAAAAAUGGCCGAGGCAGAAGCUGCAGUCGCCGACGAUGCGCUGGGCGGCUUCCUUGCAUUCCUUGAAGUUGCAGCGGGGCUUACGGGGAGCCAUGAUGCAAAAGUGGCGAGUCAGAACGGAGGUGGUGUGGAGGAAUGUUGGAACGGGGCCGAUAAGCGCUGA